AUGCCACCAAAAUUAGCUAAGAAAUCUUUAUGGGUGGAAUGUGAGCGGUGUCACAGCAAUAUUUUGUCUAAUGACAAAAACGCGCACGUAGAACUAAACUGCUCAAAAGAUCAAGUAAAAUGCCCGUUUAUCGAUGAAAACAUAUUCUACACAUGGUUGGAGAGAGCCAGCGCUCCUCCUGAAAACGUCCCAAGAGACGCUGUGAUGGUUCAUCCAUCGGCCGGAGCGUUAAUUGGUGCAGUGAUCGGGAAACCUCUGGAGUUGAAAAGGGACGGCGCUCCCACACUAGUGAAGCGCAUGUGGCCUUCUAAAGCGUCUGCACCGGCAGCUGUAAUAUUACCUGCAGCAGAUCUGACAGGAGCUUGGUGUAGUGACAAUAAAAAAGUUACAGUCUCUGUUUUAAAAGAUGUCAUCCCGCAAGCAUCAUAUGUUAAUGUAAAAAUAAAGAAUCUUAAAAAAGAUGUGGACAUCACUGACAUCCUUAAAGAAAGAUUUAGUGGCCACUAUGUGUGUGUUGGAAGUAUCUUUGUAUAUUACUAUUUUGGUAAAAAAUUACAAAUAGAGAUUUUAAAUGUGAAAACAACUAAUGAAGAGUCUGUUGCCACUUGGUAUGUCCUGAGUCAAAGUACAGUUUGGAACAUAGAGAGAGACAAGGUUCAGGUUGUGAAGAAGAAAUCGUCACUCGGAGGAAUGGCAGAUAUUGUUGAUGAUAUUAAAUCAUUAAUUAAUAUAUCUUUUGAUACUACAGGUUUUGCGGCCAACUUCCAACCCACUAAAGGUCUUUUGUUGUAUGGUCAUUCUGGCAGUGGAAAAACUGCCAUUUGUAAAUAUUUGAUUGACAGUCUUGACUGCUUCCACAUAGAAGUUAAUGGUCCGAAAAUAUUUAGUAAAUAUUUUGGAGAAACUGAAGGAACUAUGAAAGAUUUGUUUGCAAAAGCAGUAGCAAAUGAACCAAGUAUAAUAUUGGUAGAUGAGAUAGAAACCAUAUGUCCUCGUCAUUCAUCAGCCAGCACAGAACAGGAAAGACGAGUCACGUCCGCGUUUGUGUCUUUAUUGGAUAACCUACAUCGAGAUUCUAGCAGAGUAUUUGUACUAGCUACUACAAGAAAACCAGAGGCGAUUGAUCCAAUGUUGAGGAGAUUUGGAAGGUUGGACAAAGAAGUAGAAGUACCCGUCCCUGACCGAAAACGACGCGCAGAUAUAUUAUACAGUUUACUUAAAAAUCUUCCAAACAAAGUUUCAUCGCAGGACAUGGAGUCGAUAUCUGACUUGGCUCACGGUUAUGUCGCCGCCGACCUCGUGAACUUAUGCUCUCAGGCCUCGAUGAAAUGUUUAAAAAGAAUGAGCGAAGCCAUAGAGAAAGAGGAUCUGAUAGGUGCUUUGACUGUGGUACGGCCUAGUGCUAUGAGAGAGCUAUUGAUAGAGAUUCCUAACGUGAGGUGGUCAGAUAUAGGAGGGCAGGAUGGACUCAAGUUGAAACUGCGUCAAGCCGUCGAGUGGCCCUUGAAGCAUCCUGAAAGUUUCCUGCGAUUAGGAAUCCGUCCGCCCGCCGGCGUUCUGCUCUAUGGACCGCCCGGCUGUUCCAAAACUAUGAUAGCGAAAGCGUUAGCCACUGAGAGUGGACUUAACUUUUUAUCAAUAAAGGGCCCAGAGUUAUUUUCAAAGUGGGUGGGCGAAUCCGAACGUGCAGUGAGAGACCUCUUCACCAAAGCUCGACAGGUGGCUCCGUCGAUAAUAUUCUUCGAUGAAAUGGAUGCCAUCGGAGGCGAGCGUGGCGCGGGCGAGGCCGGGGUGCACGAACGAGUCCUGGCACAGCUAUUGACGGAAUUGGACGGUGUGGUCCCAUUGAAUUCCGUCACUAUACUAGCUGCCACCAACAGACCUGAUAGAAUGGAUCGGGCCUUGCUCCGACCGGGUCGAAUCGACCGACUCAUUUACGUUCCUUUACCUGACUUCGAGACCCGGUUGCAAAUUAUAGAGUUGAAGCUGUCCAAAAUGAGUACAAGUGACGAUGUAAAUCCACAUGUAUUGGCCAUCAAGAGCGAAGGUUUCUCAGGAGCCGAGCUACACGCGCUGUGCCACGAGGCAGCCAUGCGGGCCUUGGAGAAAGACAUCAAUUGUCAAGCGGUUACCAUGGAGCACUUUGAACAUGUGUUUAAAGACUUCAAACCUCGGACUCCAGCCUCCCUUCUGAAGAUAUAUGAAGAGUUUUCAUUGGGCCAACGCUCGGGAUGA